AUGGCUUCUGAACAACUCGAGCAGGGUGGUGAUAUUAAACUAGUGGCUAGUAAGGAGGAAACCCUUGGAACAGAUGUACCCAUUGGACAUGGACUCGACGAGCCUGCUCAGCGUUUUACUGAGGGACAGACCAAAGCGCUCCUUCGCAAGAUCGACAUCCACAUGAUCCCAUACUUAUCUCUUUUAUAUCUUUUGUCAUUCCUGGACCGUACAAACAUUGGCAAUGCAAAGCUAUUCGGGUUAGAAAAGUCGCUGGGUCUCAAGGGCAAUCAAUACAACACAGCUCUAUUUGUUACCUACAUCCUCUUCGAGGUACCAUCCAAUAUGAUUUUGAAGAGAUGGCGAGCAUCCAUGUGGUUCCCCAUCAUGAUGAUUGCCUGGGGAAUAGUUAUGACACUGAUGGGACUGGUCACAAAUUUCCAUGGUCUUGUUAUUGCUCGUAUAUUUUUAGGGCUCGCUGAAGCUGGGCUUUUCCCGGGCGUCAGCUUUUACAUCACCCUGUGGUACCGCCGCCGCGAGUGCGCCUUCCGAGCUGCUGUGUUCUUCUCCGCAGCCACGGUUGCUGGCGCAUUCGGAGGUCUCCUGGCGCGUGGAAUCAAUGAAAUGGACGGCACAGCCGGAAAGCCAGGCUGGGCCUGGAUUUUCAUAUUGGAGGGAAUCAUUACCGUCGCCGUGGCUUUCUCUGCAUUCUGGUUCAUCUACGACAGCCCCCGAACAGCUAGGUUCCUGACGACUGAGGAGAAAGACGAAGUCGAGUAUCGGCUGGCACAUGACACCGACGGGCUUGCAGACCACUACGACGGCAAGUUUAUGUGGGAUGCGUUCAAAGACUGGAAAAUAUGGCUACAAUGCAUCACGUACCUUGGAAUGGUCACCCCAGUGUACUCAUUUUCUCUCUUCCUGCCAUCCAUUAUCGCGGCAAUGGGUUACUCUGCUGCCAGAUCUCAGCUUCUCACAGUGCCUCCCUACGUCUUUGGUUGCAUUGCCACAGUCACUGCAGGAUACUUGAGCGACAAGUAUAACAAACGAGCUUCCUUCCUCCUCUUUCACGGCAGCAUAGCGCUCGUUGGCUACGUCCUGCUGAUAGCCACUCGCGUCCCCGCGGCUCAGUAUAUCGGUACCUUCUUGGCAGCAUCAGGAGUAUUUCCAACGAUCCCGAUCCUGGUCAUGUGGAAUGGCAACAAUAUCGGCGGCAGCGUUAAGAGAGGCGUCGGCAUUGCCAUGCAAGUCGGCACCGGCAACUGCGGUGGUAUCGUUGCUUCAUUCAUCUAUCGCAACCAAGACAAGCCCCGCUACCUCGUCGGCCACGGCGUGCUCAUCGGAUUCAUCUCCAUGACCGUCAGUCUCACGAUCAUCCAAUACAUCGUUCUUGGAGCGAUCAACCGUAGGCGAGAUCGAGACCACCCCAAGCCGGAAGCCUAUACCCAAGAAAUGAAAGCGGCGGAGCGGGAUCUAGGUGAUAACGCCAGCUUCUUCCGCUUUACCCUCUAG